CUGUUUUGCACCUUGCACUAUACCUCCUUCCCUCCCUUCUAGUAAAUGUCAAACUCUACGUGCGCUUGGUGUUUUGUAAUCGCUUUGGAACGAAAACACGGGAAACCUGUCAAAACAAACCUUUUGCUUCAAAACGCAUCUUCUUGCGGUGAAAACUUGCAGUUUGCCGCAUUACAAUAGAGAAAAUCAUACACAAUCUGUGUUUCCGAUCGGGGGUGGAAACAGCUAACGAAAGAAAAUCAUUCCUUCAGUGAAGUUUACAUCAUAAAAUCAACGUUACGAUGAGAGUGCCGCUCCGGCAAGUGAUCGCACGGUGGAGUCGAUUAGUGACCAGCAACCCUUGGUUUACACCUAUGGCAACGAACAGUAGCAGAUUGCAAGAGUAUUCCGCUGUUACUCGAUUUCGCCCCAGCACCAACCAUUACCGUCCGUACAGCUCGAUGAAUCCGAACGACUUCAUUGCCACCUCACUCAUAGAUUCCGUCACGUUUGUGACCGUCUGUUCGGAUACGCUUGAAUCACUGGUGGACUACUUCGAGCAGAUUAUCGACGAGACGAACACACUGAAAAAUCCGGACGUAACGUACGGUGAUGGUGUGCUGACGGUUAGCUUUGGGGAACCACACGGAACGUAUGUAAUUAACCGGCAACUACCAAACCGUCAGAUUUGGCUCAGCUCACCAACAAGCGGCCCAAAGCGUUACGAUUUCAUCCCGGACAAGCGUACGGUGAACGAGGGUUAUUGGCUGUACCGACAUGACGGUGUAACGCUGCACGAACUGUUACAGCAGGAGAUAAGUGCCAUCGUCGGUAGGGAGCUGGAAUUUUUUGCCCUACCUCACAGCCAAAGACUGCAGGAUACAACUGGACAGGAUGGAUGAACGAAUGACUUCCAGGAUGAGAUAAAAAAAGGAGGCAAAAUUAGGUUUAGCUUAGGACAGAAGAUAGCUUGGUUGGUUUGGACAAAAGUUUAAGACCAGCUUCUUACAUAAAGCUUUCACGUGCAUCACCUUUAAAGAGAUGAAGCAAGAUAAAUAGAAGGAUAAUUAGGAUCAUAGGUUAGGAGAAGAGUUCCUUAUGUUAUUUUUGUAUCUUGAUGAGAACAGAAUCCCCUCCUAGAGAUGGUGCUUGUGUGGAUUAUAGUUAGCUAGAACGAUAAUAAAGAAAGAAGAAAACAAAAAUAA